UCUUUAAUUUUAAUUUAGUCUGUGCAUAAAAAAACAGAUGCUGCUAAAGGCACAAUAGAGACUUCAAUUAAGUUGAUGUAUAUAUAUUGUAACUAACUUCACAAUGGCCAAGAAAAUUCCAUUUAAUGUGGUAUUCGCUUCAGACGAAGACGCCGGCUUUCCAGCCAGCGAGUUGAACACACAUGGUCCCACGGUACAUGGCUGGCGCAGUGCUGUGGACAGCGGAGUCAGCACACACGACAUCAUAUUGCGUUUCCACCAGCCGGCUAAAAUUUACCGCAUACAGCUUUUGGCCCACCAGUAUUUGAUACCCGAAAAAGUGGAGCUUUGGCUGCACUACUCCCCAAAGUCGAUGCCUAGCACUCCGUCCUCACAAUACUUUGAUUUUCUUGGUUUUGUUGCGCUCGCCGACAAUGCGAAUACCAACUACAAAUCGCGCGAGCUACAGAGCGUGACGGUGAACCCUAGGAGAGGGACGCACUUGAAGCUGCGUCUGAUUGGCGCUCAUUGCAAUGAGUUUAACAGCACCCAACAGAUUGCAUUGAUGGCGGUUAAUGUGCUCGGCGAGGAUUUGGAAACGGCCGCCCUCAGUGAGGGCGACGAGCACCUAGCCAGUGAGGCGGCACCUAUAGACACGGCCACGGGUGAACUGGCACUAGCCUCCAUAUGCGAUGAUCUGCUAUUUUCAAUGUACGUGGAGGAGUCCAUCGUGCAACACAUACGCGAACUGGAGCAGCGCAAGCUGAAGGCAGUCAGCACAGAGAGAUUCGAAUAUGCGCGCAAAUUAAAGCUUUGCAUGACGGCGCUGCGAACAGCGGGUGAACGCUUGGGUCGAUAUGCAUUAGCGAAGCGGCAAGCGGUACAACAAGAAGACUUCAGUGCGGCCAAAUUGCGCAAGGAACAGAUCGAAAUGUAUCGCGCUUGCGUGCUCAAACAACUCCAAGUAGAGCAGCUACUCGAGAACGAUGGGCCACUCAGCCAGAAUGAUCAGAGCUGCGAGAUCUAUGCGGGUGGGAAGCCCAGCCUGCCAGCUGCACCUAGCCUACAGGAUGUGGCACACGCUUUGGCCGAUGCUGUCAUCAAUCCCAAGUGCAGCAGCGUACAGCUUGAAAAGUCACCCAGCAAUGAGGUUGCCAUUGUUGCGCCCGUAGCUGCACUGCAUCUGCAUGCUAAAUCUCACGAUGAGUUGCCUCAAUCGCCGCGCCUGCCCAUGGCAUCACGUCAUAGCUCGCCCAUGUCCAGUCGACAAGGAUCGCUAAGAAGACGAAAUAAAAGUGCACCGCGUAAUUCUUACGAGGACUACGAGGAGCGAGCCAUACCCACGCUGAGGCACUCAAAUACUAAUGAAUUUUUAAGGGAGUGUCAGGGCAAUGCGCUGCUCGAAGCGGAUCCCAAUCGCAGCCGUUCGCGUCUCAAUGAUCGCGAGCGUCGACAAGCUGCGCUGCCCAUAUUGGUAUUUGGCAGCGAGUUGGUUGAGCUAUUCUAUUCGCGACAGUUUCAGGAUCGUGAGGAUGGCUUAGUGCGCUUGCGCAGCUUUCUCAAGGAGCAGGAAGCAGUCGAGGUGGCAAGCAAUGAGCAUGCAGCCAGUCCCAACAAAGUGGCACGCAGCGCUGCUUUGCUGCUGCAUCGUGCCGUUCGAGAUGCUGUAUACUCUGUGUUUAACCAGGCGACCGAAACAGUUCGGGUGCUGUUCCUGGAAUAUGUGCCCGGUCGGGUGUCGCCUAAUGAGGUGGCUCGAUGCGUGGAUCGCCUUUUGCCUGAGCUACUGGCCAAGUCGGGUGAUCCUUCGGCACGUUUACAUACGUUGGCGCAGCACACCAUACUCAGCAUUGCCGCAUGUCCACAGGUCGCCGAGCAGCACCUGGUGGCACCUGCGCUGUCGCGAAGCGUAGGCUCUGGCACGCACCAGCGCCUGGCCAUGAGCCGGCUGCAAAUGCUCGAACAGUUGGUGAAUACACAGGGCAUUAGCACGGAUAAGCACAGCGGAUUGACAUGUCGCGCUCUGUCCGACUGUGGCUGCUCUGGCAUACAUCAUCCAGCGGAGCCGGUACGCAAAGUGGCUGAACGUAUACUGCUGCUCGUCUACAAGGUGAAUCCACGACUUGUACGCAAGCAGCUGCCACCCGACGACGACAUCACGCGUCGCAAUCUGCUCUACCGCCAGCUUUUUACGGAGUUUGAUAAACUAGACUUGGAACGCAAACAGGAGCUGCUUGAAGUGCACAAUUCAGGCAAUGAUGCAGAUUUAAUGCAGCCCACAACCAGCACAGACGCAUCGCGCUUAUUGAAGAGCAAGAGCGGAAUGACAUUGGGUACGUCAGCUGUGGGCAAUGGCUACGUCAGCUGCAAUGGCAAACAGCAGUACAACGAGCAACUGAAGCGCUCCAUGCAGUCGGCCACAAACUCACGCAAAGGAUCUGCUACUAACUCCGAGUCCACUGAAGAGACGACACCAAAGAUCAAUUGCAUGUUUUGUGGCUGGUGCUGCACUGGGAGUGAUGCCAGCCAACUGGAUCGUCACUAUUGGAAAGCUUGCCCCUUUCUCACCAAGUGCCCACAGUGUAGUCAGGUGCUGGAGGUAGCUGCGCUCAACUAUCAUUUAACUACGGAAUGCGAAGCCAAGGAAAGUUAUGUGGUCUGCACACGCUGCACGGAGUCGGUGCAUAAGCAGCUUUACGAGCUACAUCAAAUGGAGGACUUUUGUCGUGAACUAAAAACGGGUGCCGCUCGCUGUCCACUUUGCCAUGAUGAUGUGCAUCUGCCAUUGGACGGCGGUUGGAAAUUGCAUCUAUUAAGCGCAGGCGGAUGUCCAGGCAAUAUACGUAAACGGAAUUUAAAGAAAUCAAACUAAACAAAUACCUUACGACACAAGUCACCAAUAACUGAACUAUCUUUCGAUUAUAAGGUAGAUCAUUUAUGACAAGCCAACUAUUAAGGCCAUUAGCGUAAUUUAAAGUAAUUUUUGUUACACACAGAUUCAAUUUAGGCACAUUUUGUUACAGGACUUGGUGUUAA